CCUCGGGGAGGACACCAGCAGUCGGCUCGACGGCCUCGCCAUUCACCGCCACCGCCGUCGCCGCAUCCACCGGCGGCUGCGUGCAGUCGCGGGAGAUGUGGCCGGGCUCGCCGCAGCGGUAGCACGUCUUGCCCGCCUGGUUGAGCGGGCCGCCGUUGGGCGCGGUGCAGUCGCGCGAAAUGUGGCCCAGCUUGCCGCACGCGUAGCACUUUUGCGCUUGCGCCUGGCAAUCGCGGGCGAAGUGGUUGGGCCCGCCGCACUUGUAGCAGGUCGCCGCGCGGUUGCCGCCUGCGAAGCCGCCGCGGAAACCACCGGCGAAGGCGCCGCGUGGGGCUGCACCGGCUCCGCGGCCGAUGGGGGCGGCGGCGGCGGCGGCAGGGUUGGGGGCAGGGCAGUUGCGAGCAAGAUGGCCCAUCUGGCCGCAAGAGUAGCAGCGACCGCCGGCGGGACCACCACCGAGGCGCAGAGUCGGGCAGUCGGCCUGGACGUGGCCGAGGCCUUGACAGUGGUAGCACUGCUUGGUCUCCAUGGUGCGGGGGUGCGGGCAAUUGUUGCUCUCGUGCCCGGGCUGCUUGCAGUUGUAGCACAAGCGCUCACUGCUGGAGCACACCUCGGCGUAGUGGCCGACGUUGCCGCAUUUGUAGCAGGCGCGGCGCGACAGGGACGACAUUUUGCUCUUCGUGUCCUUCUCUUCUUUCUUCUCUUCACGUCACUUCUUCACGUUGUCCGCUCCGAGACUCUUCCUUCGUCUUCUUCUUCUUCAGCUUCUUCUUCUUCUUCUUCCCUCUCCAGAAACAACACCUCUGCCGCAGAAACAAGACCGACCGCGUGUAAGCUGAGUUUCCGAAGAAAAAAUGGUAUGUGGAGGAAGGAAGGGAAAGAGAUGAAGCAGAAAAAAGUGAAAGAGGCUUUAGGUGGGAUUUGCGAAAUGCGGGCGGGCGCAAGACAAAUUCUGCCGCGGGUGGCGUGACGCUGCAACUGCAUGCAGAACACGUGCCGUAAAGGUGGGUAGUUAAGGAUGCCUCAGGUUGCACCUGCUCGCCGAGUACUUCAUCUUGCUCACUUCCAUUUCUCUGGAUGGCAUUGGGGAUUUCACAUGAAAGGAGGCGGUCGCUUCCCUCGAGACAUGUGAAGGAGAGAAGUGAAGUGAAAGAAAA